CAGAAUCUCUUCGGCCCCCUUCUUUCCCAACUCUUUUUCCUCCCUUCCUCUCUUCUCCUCCAUGUGGCUUUGAGACCAACGACACUAGCUUCCUACCUUCCUUCCUUCCAAAUUGCCAAUCAACCCAUCUCCACCAACCCAUCAUCUCUUGUUAUCUUCAUCACUCUUUCCACCAUAACAGAGUCCUCUGGCAAUAACAGAGGCCCCGCAGCAAAAGAAUCAACAGCAUGGAAGAACUAACAGAGGCCACCAACAACAACAACGGCAGCAGCAGCUCUAGCUCUUUCCACUACAGGAAGUCGAGGGUGAUGUCAUCCGAGAUAGUGGAGAUAGUGGAGCUGGAAGAGAACACUGUGAGCGUUGGAAGAUCCUGCAGUAGUGGGGUUGAUGGCAAUGGCGAUGUAUAUGUUGGUGUUGGGAGAGAUGAUUUGGAUGCUGUGAAAUGGGCUGUGGAUCACAUCUCACCUGGAGCUCGCUUGUUCCUCGUCCAUGUCUUCCCUCCCAUCCACUACAUCUCAACUCCAGUUGGAAGAUUGUCCAAGAACCAGUUGAGCAAGGACCAGCUGAGAUUCUACAUCAAGGAAGAGAACAACAGGAGGAGGAGUCUGUUGCAGAAGUACAUUCGCUUGUGCGACGAUGCCAAGGUUCCGGUGGACACAAUGCUGCUGGAGAGCAGUGAGAUAGGGAAAGCCAUUGUUGAGCUCAUCCCUGUUCUCAACAUCACCAAUCUCGUACUGGGCACCAAGCUUCUCCCCCGUCCUAGGAGGCUGAUAAAGAAAGUGGGGAAAGCAGAAUACGUGAAGAAGAAUGCUCCAGAUUACUGCCAAGUCACCGUUGUUCACCAGGGGAAGGCCAUUGAUCUUCUUCAUUGGGAGGAAACCAGAAAGCAGCCCACCGGUGCUCGGAAGAAUUCGAGGUCUGCAUCUUCGUCGUCGCGUAUUCAGAGAGUAGCAUCCAUGGCCAGUCCUGACAGGAAGUUCUUUCAAUGCGCUUGCUUUUCUGGCAAAUCCCAUUGACCAUUGAGCUUGCUAGGGUCACGAAUGUGUUUCCAAGUCCAAAGGAAGUAAAUCAAUUUUUAUUUUUCUUCUUCUAAUUCACCUGUGUAGGGAUAUUAUAUGAUGCAGAAUUUUUAUGAAUAAAAAGCCUUGGUUCUA